UUGACAGUCGCGUUGAACGCGCGUCCAUGUAAACGUUGAUCUUUGUUUCUAUCGCUUUUAUUCCAAAUUAAACCGUAUUUCGUAACAAAAUGAGUGAAAAUGUACAAGGAACAUUUGUAUCGGAGAAAAUUUCUAAAAUCAGAUGGAAACAUGAAGAUUUUGAAGAUGCCACUAAUUUUAUAACCGGUAGUUGGGACAACCCGGUCAAUAAAGUAACACAUUGGAUAUUUCAAACGAACGAUGAUGGUGAAUCUUAUCCGGCAGUUGUAUCAUCUUAUGCGAUUCUUGGCGACGUAACUGAAAUAAAGUUUAUUUCGAAAGAUUUUUUCGUGUUAUCCACAUCCAUAGGUACUGUUAGAUUAUUACAGAUCCAUGAAAAUCCAUAUUCUCAGUUUAAGGAACACAUGUCAUGGGAAUUUAUACAUAAAUUUGAUAAUACAAAUGAUUAUGCAUCUUGUACUGGACUCUCUACGUUCGAACAAGACAUAGUUUCAGUGGGUGAAGAUGGAAGAAUUAAUCUCCUAACAGCUGGGCAGAAGCAGCCAGUUAGAUCUAUUAAUGAUGCGGACAGUUGUUCUAUAUAUUGUAUUGAUUUCUUAAGACAUAAUGAAAUACUUACAGGAAAUUUAAGGGGACAUAUGAAAGUAUGGGAUUUAAGAAAUGAUCAAGAUCUUCCUGCUACAACGUUCAUGCUUUCUGACCAAUCAAAAACAGAAGCUACAAGUAUUGCUCAUCAUCCAACUCAGAGACAUAUUGUUGUGGCUGGUGGUGGUGAUGGCAGCUUAACAGUCUGGGAUUUAAGGCAUAAUACAUAUCCAAUGUCUCAGCUCAAUGCUCAUGCUAAAGCUGUAAGUGAAAUACUUUUUCAUCCUGAUAGACCUGAAAAUCUAUUCACUUGCUCGGCAAGCGGUGAAUUAUGGCAUUGGAAUAAUACUCAACAUUCCAAACUAAGUUUAGAUCCUACAAAUACACAUUGGUUAAAUACAAUUGGUACAAAUGGUAAAGUUAAUGUAACGUCGCUUUGUAAUGCUAUGCACAAGCCAAUAAAUAGUAUUGAUAUUGAUAGAUCAACAUUACUUUUUGGAUGUGAUAAUGAAGCAAUAUAUGUUGUUAGGAAUAUAACUGUUUAAUGACUGUAUUAUCCUAAUUAUAUUUUUUCUAAUUGUAAUAUACCAAAAAUAAAUAUCUUUUUUAUCUUAA